AUGUUUGGAGUAUACACGGGACCUGGUGGGGUCGGUAAUAAACCUAUGGGAGAGAUGACUCAAGAAGAACAAGCUGAGUUAGGUGCUCGUAAAAUGGUUGAAUUCAUGCAAUCAUGUCCUGGAAAGACAGUAAUAUCUGGAGUAACUGGAUUUGGGUUAGGUGCAUUCUUUGGGUUAUUUAUGGCAUCUAUGGCAUAUGAUGUGCCUGUAGGUAACAAUGCUGUCAGUCAUAUAAGUCAACUUCCAUUUAAACAACAAAUGAAAUUACAAUUUACUGAUAUGUAUCGUCGAUCUGUAUCUUCAGCAAAGAAUUUUGGAUAUAUUGGUAUGGUAUAUUCUGGUGUUGAAUGUUGUAUUGAAAGUUUAAGAGCAAAACAUGAUAUUUAUAAUGGAUUAAGUGCUGGAUGUAUUACAGGUGCUGGACUUUCUAUAAAGGCUGGACCACAAGCUGCAGCCAUUGGAUGUUUAGGUUUUGCUGCAUUUUCAGCUGCUAUUGAUGUAUAUUUAGAAAGUGAGUCUCGUGCACCACCUGCCAAUGAUUAUGAUGAGUAG